UUUGGGGUGGGCGAGGAGAGGUGGGAAGGGUUCCGGCAGGAGCUGCUGCCGACGGGGGCUGCCUUUCGUGCCGCCCUGGCCGGGUACCGGCCUCGCCCCCCUCCCGCGCGGAGUCUCCGGCGGCGCCAACCUGUGGGGGCGUGGCCUCGCGGCGGCGGCCCGCGACGAUUGGCUGCGCGGAGUGGCGUCACACACUGCGCCCCGGGGCGCGCCGGCGCUCUGUGGGCAACGUGUCUGCGCUCCGCGCUGCGGAGCCGGGAUAGGAGUCUACGGUCGCUCUCUUUUUUUGGCGGCAUGGCCGAGCCGGGACCUGACCUCAAAGCCGAAGCCGAGAAGGUGGAGGAGGAGAAGGAGACGGCGGCACCAGCCCCGAAAAAACGGCGCUUGGCGGCCGGGGAGCGCUACGUGCCGCCGCCGCGGAAGCUGAGGUCGGGGGUGAGCUUCAGCGCGGCUCACUUCGCCGAGACCUCGUACUACUUCGAGGGAGGGCUGCGCAAGGUGCGGCCCUACUACUACGACUUUCGCACCUACUGCAAGGGGCGCUGGGUGGGCCGCAGCCUUCUGCACGUCUUCAGCACCGAGUUCCGCGCUCAGCCCCUCGCCUACUACCGCGCUGCCGCCCGCGCCGGCCGCCUCCGCCUCAACGAGGAGCCCGUGCAGGACCUGGACGUCGUGCUGAAGAAUAAUGAUUUUCUCAGGAACACAGUGCAUCGCCACGAACCUCCAGUCACUGCCCAGCCUAUUCAAAUCCUGGUGGAGAAUGACGAAGUGGUGGUUGUAGACAAACCGUCCUCCUUGCCCGUGCAUCCCUGCGGCAGGUUUCGUCACAACACCGUCAUCUUCAUCCUCGGCAAAGAGCAUAACCUGAAGGAGCUGCACACAAUUCACCGUCUCGAUCGCAUGACCUCAGGAGUGCUUAUGUUUGCCAAGACGGUGGAGGUAUCCAAGAGGAUUGAUGAGCAGGUUCGGGAGAGGCAGCUGGAAAAAGAGUAUGUCUGUCGCGUGGUGGGGGAGUUUCCGGAACAUGAAGUGGUCUGUGAAGAGCCCAUUCUGGUGGUUUCUUACAAAGUGGGAGUGUGCCGUGUGGACCCCAAAGGGAAAUCCUGCAAAACCAUCUUCCAGAGACUCAGUUACAAUGGCAAGAGCAGCGUGGUCAAGUGUCUUCCACGCACUGGGCGGACUCACCAGAUCCGGGUCCAUUUGCAGUACUUAGGGUAUCCUAUUGUCAAUGACCCCAUCUAUAACAUGGAAGCCUGGGGCCCUGAAAAGGGCAAAGGUGGCAAGAUUGGUAAGACGGAUGAAGAGCUCCUUAAGGCGCUGGUGGAGGAGCAUCGUUCCAAACAAAGCCUGGAUAUCUUGGGUAUCUCGGAAGAGGACUUGAAUUCUAAUGCAGAAAAUAAUGACUCUGGUAAUUCAAGCGAGCGCGCAGAAUCUGUGCAGGCUGGUCCUCUAAGUGAGAACUCCUGCCUUGCUGAGGACAUUAAGGGUCCUGAGGCAAAAGAAGUAGCAGCUUAUCCACUGAACUUCAAUACCAACCUGGAAACACUUGAACAAAACACAGAACUGGGCUCGUGUGAAAAUGAGGGUAGGCAAAUAGGAGAAAAGAGCUCAGAAGAGAGUGACCCUUUAUGCGUGGAGUGUAAAAUAACAAGGCGGGACCCAUCUCCCAAGGAGCUGGUGAUGUACCUUCAUGCCUUGCGCUAUAAGGGAGCAGAGUUUGACUAUUGCUCCAAGAUGCCUGAAUGGGCAAUGGAGGACUGGGAGGAGUGACACAGGACAUGACAUCUGCAGACAUUGUUCCAGCAUGGCCAGAAAAGCCUUGUAAAGAUCUGAGGCGUUGUUGAGGUGAACAAACUGCCUGUGAAUUGAGAUGGGCUGGGAAGACUUGUUGUGGCUGGUGUCCUGGCUGCUGUCAGUAACUGUAAAAAGGCAGGAAGAUGGGGUUACGACACUAGAAUUACUUCGCCCUUUGGCGAAUGCCUGGGGAACACUUGGCACAGGCAACUUGGCCUCUCACCUCAAUCUGUUUUGGAUCUGCUGUUAGUUAUCUCCACAGAUAAUUUAGUACAUACACUUAAAUUAAACAACUGGUUUUUUUUUGGUCUGCUAUGUGAUGUUCUUGUACUGUACAGUAAGAGCUGCUAUAAUGCCCAACAUACUGGGUGUCAUGUUAUACAGAAAACUACUUGUAUUUUGACUCUGCUGUCAGGCUGAUUUUUAAAAUUGAAACAUGAAUGCUGAGAAUGCCAUAAGUCAAACCAGAGAGCACUGCGAAGCUGAUUCGUUCGCUGUUUGUCAGCAAGGUGGACUUCGCUUUGAAACUGCUCUUUCAGGAUUCCUUCAUACAAUUACUUCAUUUAAGAUUAGUAACUCAGGGAACUGAUCUGUGUAUGUUUUUGGAGGUACUAGUCCCAAGAUUUUACCCUUCUGAGACUUAGAAGGGGACUGAUGCGGUAGAUUUUGCCUUCAUGUUCUGCUCUCUCCCCGUGAUGCAUUUUUUUGCCUUCUCAAAAACAUCCAGAAUCAUCAUCGUUUUUUGAUAGAUCUAUUAAUUAUGAAAAUACCUUCUUGCAUGAGCAAAAAUCCAAGGUAGAGAGGUCAGUCUACCAAUUUUCAUGUCUUUUUAUAAACUGUACUAUAGGCAGAUGGCUUUGGAAUGGUGUGUAUUUGUUUUUAAUAUUGCCUUAUCUAUGCUUCAAGGUGACAAUUGGCUUUAAAGAAAAACAGAAGCUAUUUUAUGCAAUUUUUUUUUAAAAAAAUACAUUUUAUAGAAACAUUUCUAGGAUGGUUGAUAUCACUAUAGUUCUGGCUUUCAUCAGUGUUUGUACGACUGCUUCUUGGUUUCUGGGAGAGUUAUUACAAUCUCUGUACUGUCAGGUUUUUUCCCCUUUUUUUUUUUCCUUCUUAUGUAUACUGAGAGGUAUUUACCAGCUUUAGCAACUGCUGCAGACAAUCAAAAAAUUUCCUGGGAAGAGCUGUGUAUGUCGGGGUCCUCUACACCUAUCCACAUAGGGUGUAUGCAUAGGGUUCCACACUUCAGUGUUUAAGAAAUCUUUUUUCUAGGUGAAUGAAGAAAUCCAGAAGACCUGAUGCUCUUCAGCAAGUGUAGCAACAGAGCUGCUGGCGUACAGAUGAUCGCUGCUUGUCAUGCUGUGCUCUAGGGAAGCUUUAUUGUCUGUCAGCCCCCUGAGACACACUGGUUACUGGCAAACCCCUGCUUCGCACGUGUCCUUGAGUGGGGUGCUAGGGACAAAUGCUGUGGGGUUAACGUUUCCCAGGGAAUACACAACAAUAACCAGCCUCCUAGGCAAGGCUCUGAAAAUCACUCGGUACCUUCCAAUGUUACCAGGACUUGUGCGCCAAAAUAUAAUAAAACAGUGCUUAUUUAUUCCACUA